CAAGAAUGGGAUGCUUAUUAGGUAAAAUUUUCUUUUAAAAAAGGAAUAUGCCCAAAGAAAUAACCAAAAAAAAUAUAUCACGUAGAAAAUAACAAACAUGAAAAAUAUCAAUAAUAAGCCCAUUAUUAAACACAUACACAUUAAGAAAUAAAUUAUCCAAAUUUCUAAAAAAAUCCUGAACAUUAAAAGUAGAAUUCAAUAAUUCGAUAAUAAUGUUAAUUAGCAACUUAAGAAUGUGAUCAUUCCAAAAGAAAAACAUUUUUGGCGAAUUCUUAUUAAAUAAAUGACGAUUAAUGGGAUCAAAAUUGUGAGAAAUAUGAUUUCGAUCUUAUAAAUCUAAAAGAUUAAUCUUUACUCCUUUUCUAAAAUAUUCAGUUUUAUUGUGAUCAAAAAAAAUUGAAAAUAAAAUCAUCUCAAGGUUAUGAUUAUGAAGUUGAAGGGUUUAUUUACAAAACUGAAUACGAUAAAAACAAAAAUCCAAAAUUUACAAUAUAGAAAGGGAUUUUUUAGAUAAAUUUAGAAAAAAAAGAAUUUUAAUUAAAUGGGGAAGGUGUGGAAUAUUGUGGGAAAUCAGAAAUAAUCAAACAUUAAGGAAAAUUUGAAAAAGGAAAAUUUUUAGAAGAUCCAAAAAUUAUGAAUUGUAAUUAAAAUCAAAUGGAGAAAAAGAAGCAGCAUACAAUAAUUAUUAUUGAUAUGGAUACUGGAAAGUAGGUUAAUUUAAAAUAAAAUAAUAGAAAGGCAAAAAAUUAGGUUUAACAGAUAUGGUGCAAAUAUAAUUAGUAGAUUUCAAUUAAUGAUAUUUCUAUUUUAGAUAGUAGAAAAUGGCUUACUAGUUCUAUUAUUGAUGGCUAUGUUCUUAAACUUAAUCUAGAAGGUGAAGAAAAAUAUUUUCAAUUUAAAUAAUCAAAGAGGAAAGAAAUUAAAAGAAUAUUAUUUUUACCAAGUAGUUUUACUACAAAUUUUGGUGAUAAAUAUGAUUUAGAUAAAGUAAAGAAAUUAAUGAAAUAAGAAUUACUUGAAUAUUCAUAAAUGAAUUUAGAAAUAACAAAAAUUUAUAAAAAAAUAGGAUUACCUAUUAAUUAAAGAAAUUUUCAUUGGUAUUUUUUGUUAUUUGAUGCUGAAUUAGAAUAAGUUGAGAUUUUUGACUCUUCAUCAAUGUUUUAUGAUAAACAAAAAUCUGACGAAAAAUUAAUAACAACUUUAGAAAUGUUAUUUAAGAUGAACAUUAACAAUAAGAUGAAUCACUAAAACUCAGGCCAGCAACGAGAUAGUUAUUCUUGUGGAUAUCGUGUUUGUAGUUUUAUGAAAUUUUGUUUUGAGAAAUAAUUUAAUGAAACGAUUUCCUAUAAAUAUGAUGAAUCAAAAAUCAUUAAAAUUUUAAAAAAUACAAUAGUAUAAGUUGAUUGA